AUGGUUAAUUUUCAAAGAUCCAUCAAACUGGUAACUGAUAUGCGUAAAGAACAUGAAGUAGAGUUGCUAUAUGAUCGGAUAUCGAAUCUAUCGAUUCAACCAUUAGUACUGGAGCAUGAUUCUGCUAGUUAUGCUAGAGAGUUAUGCGUACAAAUUGGUGGGUUCUUGCAACCUUCAGCUGAAGCAGUAGAAUUACGACAGUUACUUGAAUCACAAGAAAUUGAGGCAGUGUUACAAGCAUACGAUGUAAUAAUCCAUGAAAUUUAUGAGGGUAAUGCUCGUGUCAAUUGCGCCGCAGUGGAAAUAAGUGGCAAUAAUGAAAAAAUUGUCCAUCAACAGCAAAGUGCGCUUCCACAAAUGUCUGUUCAGGCGUCCACAUCAUCGCAGUUACCAUUUUCAUACCUUAACGGUGGUGUACUUCGAACGCAGACAUCUCACGCAGUUACAUCUUCCUUUGGUACUGCGGCGAACGAGCUACAGCAGCCGUUCGGGCUAUCGCCGCUUCAUGAUGAUGAUGAUCUGAUGAUGGAUUCCGUCAGUCGAGUACGCUUAGUGCAAUUUCAGAAAGAUACCGAAGAACCGAUGGGAAUUACUUUGAAGGUGACGGAAGAUGGUCGAUGCCAAGUGGCUAGAAUCAUGCAUGGUGGAUUGAUACAUAGGCAGGCAACUCUUCAUGUUGGUGAUGAAAUUCGUGAAAUCAAUGGUGUCAAUGUGCUGAACCAAAGCGUUGAAAUGCUACAGCGGUUGUUGCGCGAUGCACGUGGUGCCGUGACAUUCAAGAUAGUCCCAUCCUACCGCAGUGCUCCACCAGCAUGCGAAAUAUUUGUCCGAGCUCAAUUUGACUAUGAUCCGGGACAAGAUGACUUGAUUCCAUGUCCACAGGCCGGCGUUCCAUUUAAAACCGGCGAUAUUCUCCAGGUGAUAUCAAAAGAUGAUCAUAUUUGGUGGCAAGCGCGAUAUAUCUCUCAGUUUCCAGCUCUUGGAAAUGGUGGUCCCAGUGGUACACAUACUCCGGGUGCCUCGGUUGCUGGUUUAAUACCAUCACUGGAGUUGCAGGAAUGGAGAACUGCUUGCUUGGCUAUGGAACAAGCUAAAGACAAUACUCAUUGUAUGUGGCUCAACAAGAAAAAAAAAUAUUAUACAACCAAGUAUCUUCAGAAACAUUCCGCUUUAUUCGAUCAGCUUGAUCUCGUCACUUAUGAAGAGGUAGUACGUUUGGCAACAUACAGACGUAAAACGUUAGUAUUGCUGGGCGCUCAUGGUGUUGGCCGAAGGCACAUCAAAAAUACACUUAUUCAUAGGCAUCCACAAAGGUUUGCCUAUCCUAUACCGCAUACAACAAGACAGCCAAGAAAAGACGAAAUUGAUGGGAAACAUUACUAUUUUGUAUCUAAUGAUUGUAUGCUUACCGAUAUUCAAGCAAAUGAAUACUUGGAGUAUGGGACCAACGAGGAGUGCAUGUAUGGUACCAAGCUGGAAACAAUUCGCAAUAUUCACAGGACAGGAAAAAUAGCUAUCUUGGAUGUCGAACCUCAAGCGCUGAAAGUUCUCAGGACAGCUGAGUACGCUCCAUUUGUUGUUUUUAUUGCUGCACCAAAUCUGCACGGUUUACAAGAUCCAGAUGGUAGCUUGGAACGUUUGCUGCGAGAAAGUGAAAUUCUUCGGCAGGCAUUUGGACACCUUUUUGAUUACGUGAUACUGAAUAACGAUAUUGAUGAGACAAUUCGACAACUGGAGCUUGUAGUGGAGAAACUUAACGCCUGUCCACAGUGGGUGCCAGUUUCCUGGAUCUAUUAA